CCGCCUCUUUCUCUCUCAAUUUACUCUUGACUCUUUCUCUCUUCAUACUUCAUACUACCCAAUUACCAUCUCUGUUAGUUUCUCUGAGUUUUCUUCAUCCACUUACAAAUAUAUUACAAAGUUUUUAUCUUUGAAAUUUCUCCCUCUUUUUUAUUUUUCCAUUUGUUUGGAAAUUCAUUUUUCUUUUUUUGUUAAGUUGUGUUCUUAAUUAUGGGACAAAAACAAUCAAGAGAAAAAUUGAUUUAUCAUUAUGUGAUUAAUGGUGAUGUUGGUGGUAUUGAGUUUCUAUCCAAACAAGGUGCUAGUCUUGAGUGGAAAGACAAAGAAGGCAAAACACCACUUAUUGUUGCAGCAAAGGAUCCUGGUCUUUUUGAAGUUGCCAAAUUUCUUGUUGAGUUGGGUGCUAAUGUCAAUGCUAUUUGCAAAGGUCAUGAUGGAGGAACACCUCUACAUUAUGCAGCAAAGGAAGGCCUUGAGAACACAGUUGCAUUACUUCUCACACAUGGAGCCAAUGUAUUUGUCAAGAAUCGUGAUCAUCAAACACCACUUGACAUCGCUAGGAAGAAUGGUCGUAAUAUUGUUGUUCGAGAGAUUGAGAACCGUAUUUGUUAUUUUGCUGGUCACAUCCGCGAAACUUUUGGACCAGGAUUGUCUGAUGUAACAACUACAGAAUCAUCCUCAAGAGUAAUUUGGGUGGUUGUAGUACCUCACGGUCCUCAUAAUCCUCAAAAACCGCCAAAACUAGAGCUUGUCAUUUAUUCAACUCCUGAAGAUGCUGAGCCGCGUAAAAUUGUCUCUGUUAAUCGAUCUAAAAUUAAGGCGCCAAGAUUUGAUCAACCAAAUCCUGCUUUGACAGUUUUCGACAAGCUGACUAAAACUCGGUAUAAAUUCUCAUCAGUCACCUACAAUGACAAACAACAACUUCGACGAUUGUACAAUGCUUGUAAAGGGAUCUCACAGGUAAGGCCAGCCUCAGCUCAGAUGAUGAAUCCUGAAUCUGUAAGUUCACCACUUCACUCGUCAGCAGCAUCUCAAAUGAGUAGUCCUGCUUGGCGAACACCCAGAGUAUUUUCGCCUCCUUUGACACCAAACAACAACGUUUGGGUGCAAGAAUCACCUAGACGCACAGAUCAGUACCCUGGCAACUGGGGCGUCAUGCAAUCCUCACUUACUCCAUCAAAUCAUAAGCUGAGUCCUUUAGUCUUGCCGACAGCUGACAGAUAUUCUGCACCUGCAGCAGUUUCUUCGCCUGCUCCAUCAGCUCCUCCGAUUAAUACUAGCAAUUUUAUUGAUGAAGUGCCCACAUCUGUUGCUGAAUCUGUAGGGCACCAGCCUGCAACAGCUGAGUCCACAGUGUGCGUGGUCUGCUGGGAAUCUCCGGUUGAUGGAGCUUGUGUCCCAUGUGGGCACGUGUCUACGUGUAUGUCUUGCGUAAAGAAGAUCAUAGACAACAAAGGGGUUUGCCCUGUCUGCAGAGCCAAGAUUAGUCAGGUUGUUAAACUCUAUGGAAUCUGAAAAUAAAAAACAGUUAUUUAGAGGGUUUUGUACAUAAGACUGAGUAAAUCGUUGGUAAUUCUUUUAUUUGGGGGAGAGUUGGGUGUCCUGUGAUAAUUAUGUUAUCAUAGCUUAUGCAGUAACACAAAUAACAUGAUAUUGCUUUGGUUUGAUAUAUAUUUAUGUGAAUACCAGCAAUAUCAUGGAGUUUUCAUGUAUAGUAGUGUAUACUUUAAGACAAUUUUGCUUUCAUGUUGGUGACAUUAUUUGACACUUGAGAUAGUUUUUGGAUCUCUGUUCAACUUCUUGAUAAACUUUGUUCUCAUAUACAAAUUGUAAAAAUGCUUUCCUUUUC